AUGAAUAUGUUGGAUGAUGAAGAUGACCAAAGCUUUCACGCUACGCGUGACGGCUACUCCCAUUUGAGCGAUGUCGAAUGGGAUGCGGUUGAACGAAUGGGUUCGACCAUGGGCAUCCAUGCUGUUAGCGUCAUGCUAGAGGCUCUCAAUAGAGAUGCCCAACAUGCUACUAUCGCCAAGUUCAUUCAAAAUGAACUUGACGCAGAACGCGAGAAAGUAGCCUUGCUUCACCAACAAGGUUCUCAACAAGCAGAGUUGUUGAGAGAACAAGGUGCUCAACAGUUUGAACUGUUGAGACAGCAGCAGGCUGCUGCUGGCGGGUCGAUGCACUCGCGUCGGCCCGAGACUUUGAAGAUUGACAUCUCAAAGUAUAGGGGGGUCGAAGAAGACUCCCUCUUGAGAUGGUUCGUCGAAUUGGAUGACGCCAUAAGGGCGCGUCGCAUCGACGACGGGGAUAUGCAAGUUGCAUUUGCACAGUCAAAUCUGGCAGGACGUGCCAAGACUUGGGCACUGGGGCUCAAGCUGCACGACCCAUAUGCGUUUGGGUCGUUGGAAGUCUUCAAGUCGCGGCUCAGACAAACGUUUGAACCGCCUAGAGCUGAUUUCAGAGCUCGAACCGAACUCUUGAAGCUCAAGCAGGGUAAGCGUGAUGUGCACGCUUACGCUCAACAUAUACGACAUCUCACGAGUUGUAUAAGUUCCAAUCCGGUAGAUGAACACACGUUGGUUUCGGUGUUCAUGCAGGGUCUUGCGGAUGGUCCCGUCAAGACUCACCUGUUCCGGCUUGAACUAGAUUCACUAGAACAAGCCAUUUCAAUUGCGGAGCAGGAAGACUUCAGUCUGAGACAGGCUCGCGCCAGCUCGACAUCAUAUCGUCAACCGAGACGAUAUGACAACGGAGGUCCAGAGCCGAUGGAACUCUGUUAUGUAGAGAGCGAGAAGGCUCGCUCUACAGGCUACAAGAAGUUGCAGAGAUGCAACAGAUGUCAAAAGACAGGACACUACGCUUACGAGUGUAGUGCCCCUCGUCCAGUGUCUCGCGACACUGGGCGUAGUGACCGUCCACCCAUGAGAAAGGGGCAGGGACGAGGGUCCGCAGUUGGUGCAAAGACGCAACAACGGGAAGGACCGUCAAAAAACGGACAGGGAUCAGUAGGUGCGGAGCACCCUACUGAUCCAGCAACGUCAAGAGAAUUUGUAGGCCUCUUGAUGAAGGUUGCUCCCAACACACAGACAUUGUGCGUUGCUGCUCUAGGUAAUGAGAUCUCACUCAUUACCUUGAAACUCGAAGUGACGAAUAAGUUGUCCCUUCGAGCUCUAGUCGAUUGUGGGGCGUCCAACAAUUUUGUGCGACGCCAAUCGCUAGAAGAUGGUCACUUUAAAUUCAGUGAAUGUGACACACCUCCUACGAGGAUGACGGUACGUCUUGCGACAGGCGCAUCCGUAACCGUCAUGAAGCGUAUAGUGAAGAUUCACUAUACGCUAGAAGAUACCCAAUACGACGAUGACUUUAUCGUAUUGGAUUUGGAUGACAAAUUUGAUGUCAUCCUUGGAAUACCGUGGCUCAGAAGGUACGAACCACGGGUAAACUGGCAACAUCGGACAGUAACGAUGCCUGCCGCUUGUUCAUCAGAUGGCCAUCUGAUGAACGUUUUGGAGCGUCCACAAGCGUGUGGAUGUACUACGAGUGAGUGCGAUGGCCUCACUUGUGGUACGGUCGUUAGUACGACUGCACAAAACCUUAGUGUACCAAACGGUUACACUUCGGAGCAAAGUUCCGGCGGCUGUGAGGAAACACAGGCUGCGCCGAAGGUCCACCACUCGAAUAAGUCGGGUGGACUGGGACAAAGAUGUAUCCCUAGAGGGGAACAUCUAGAAGAGAAACAAUCGAUCGCUCAGGUUAAGCGAAACGAUAAUCCUAGAUCGACUGGAGAGUCUUUCGUAGAGGAUCUCGCUGUGGUUGCGCAACCCCAGCUAGAGGAAGUAAAGGGAAUAAGUCCCAAGAUUACAAAUACGGCGGAAAUAAGUUCCCCGAAACCCGCGGGAAUAAGUCCCCGGGAAGACGAAGGAAUAAGUCCUUCGAAGCCUGAGGGAAUAAGUCCCCAGGAAAUGACAGAGACAUUGAAUGUCAUAGUCAAUAACGGAUCAUGUGUAGGCGCUUAUACACUUGAUCUGAUUGCGCCUCCGAAGUUAACUUCGGAGAUCACUCAGUUGCCAACGCUCGAACAUAAAAGAUUCUUGCGUGAUCUGCGUAGUGGCAAAGUCAAGCAGAUCUGCAUACUCGUCGCUGAAGACGAGUAUGUAACCGACAUAAGGUCAGCAACAGUGUUUACUGAGAACGAGAGAGUUCUCAGUAGUUCAUCUAUGGACGAGAGUGUCCUAGAUGAAAAGACACGAAUUGAGCGAUAUGAGUCCCAAUCAUGGGAAUCGCUCAAGGAAAAUCAUCUCUAUGAAGAUUUGGUUGAAUUCAAGGAUGUAUUCCCUGAAACUGUUCCGUGCGAAUUACCGAAGGAUAAAGGUAUUCGACACGAAGUCGAGCUUAAACCAGGCUCGAAGUACUGUGUCAUGAAGCAGUGGCCACUGCCUCGUGAACAAGUACUUGCGAUCGACAAGUUCUUUGCCGAUCGUUUAGCAGCGGGCCAUGUGAGGGAAUCAACUUCCCCACAUAGCUCUCCGACCUUCUGUGUGCGAAAAGCAACAGGAGGGUGGCGGAUAGUGCACGCGUUUAACAAAUUGAACGCUGCAACGGUACCGGCUCAGACGCCGAUACCGAGGAAGGACGUAAUCAUUGAUGGUAUGUCAAAGAGUACCAUCUUUUCGUCCAUGGAUUUGAUGGAUGGCUUCUAUCAAAUCCUAAUGCGGGAACGGGAUAUACCCUAUACCGCAGUUAGCACGCCUAGCGGCAUGCUCUGGGAAUGGCUAGUAAUGCCACAAGGGCUCAGUAAUGCCCCUGCCACGUUCAACAGGUGUGUAUCACAUCUGUUGAGGCCAGUACGAGAAUUCGCGCCGAGUUAUUUCGAUGACGUAUUCAUCCAUAGUCGAGCUAUGGAUGGAAAGUCGGACGUUGAGGUUCACAAGUACCACGUCCGACAAGUUCUUACAAUCAUGCGAAAGCAUCAAUUGUAUGCAAACCUCAAGAAGUGUAUAUUUGCAGCAAGCGAAAUACCACUUCUUGGGUGCAUCGUUGGUAAGAACGGUGUACGUCCUGAUCCCGAAAAGAUCAAGGCGAUCACCGACUGGCCCGUGCCGGUCGAUGUCAAAGGUCUUCGAAAAUUCCUUGGGCUAGCGGCGUAUUUGCAUAAGUAUUCACGCAAUUACGCCGAGAUGACUGUACACCUCUCUCGUUUGUUGAAAAAGAACGAGAGGUGGUUAUGGAACGCUGAAUGUCAACGCUCCUUUGAGGGUAUCAAGCAGAGCUUGAUACAAUCCCCAGUCCUAGCAAUAGCCGAUCAGGACAGGCCAUUUCAUGUGGUCUGUGAUGCCAGCGAUUUCGCAAUCGGCUGUGCAUUAAUGCAGUACGACCUUGAAGGCGUUGAACGCGUCGUCUGCUAUCAGUCGCGUCAGCUGCAACCAGCUGAGCGGAACUAUCCAGUGCAUGACAAGGAACUCCUUGCCAUGAAGUAUGCACUCGCGAAGUUCAGAGUCUAUCUAUUAGGAGAUAGACCCUUCGUUGUUUACACUGACCAUGCGUCCUUACGCACGGCAGUGAACAGCCCGCACCUUUCACAACGAAUGGCGCGGUGGUUGUCAUUCUUUGCAGAAUACAACUUUACGGUCGAGUACAAACCAGGACGACUUAAUGUCGUCGCUGAUGCACUCUCACGUCGUCCCGACUUUGAAACAGUCGCGAAACCCAACAGUGAGACAGUCACUGUUGCGGUUAUGACGUCCUCAGUUCCAUCUACAACGUUGUAUGAUGAUGUGAGGCGGGCAUACGCCCAAGAUGGUGAGAUAGUGAAGUUGUUGUCACAUCUCUCCCAACCAUCUCGAGAAUCGUUGAAACGAUUGUCGUCUGCGUAUCGAUCUGCAUCAGAUCGAUACACUACUCGUAACGGUUUACUGUACUAUACAGCCGUUUCUGGUGACACACCACGUGUUGUCAUUCCAGAUGAUACUGAUCUGCGUUUGCGGAUCAUGUUCGAGUAUCACGAUGCUCCUAUAGGAGGACAUCGUGGCCGAGAGAAAACAUAUCUCACGGUACGUCGAGACUUUUACUGGCCCCGCCAGUAUCAGUUUGUGCGAAAGUAUGUUCGCGCAUGCGAAGUCUGCCAACGAGUGAAGUCAAGUCCUUCACUGCGUGCACCUUUACAGCCUCUACCGGUUCCGGCUGAGUGCUGGGAAUCCAUCUCAAUGGAUUUCGUCUUCGGGUUACCCAAAGACGCACGCGGGAAUACGGGUAUUCUCGUAUUUGUUGACAGAUUCAGCAAAAUGGUACACCUUGUGGCUGUACCAGAGACAAUCACGGCAAGUGGCUGUGCUUGUGUCUUUAUUGACACCAUCUUCCGACUUCAUGGGUUGCCCCGUGAACUCGUAUCAGACAGAGAUCCACGAUUCACUGCUGAUUUCUGGCGUUCCGUGUUCAAAUCACUCGGAACGCGCUUGAAGAUGUCAACAUCUGAUCAUCCAGAGUCAGAUGGUCAGACGGAACGUGCCAAUCGUGUCCUUGAAGAGAUACUUCGAGGAUACGUACACUCCUUUAAGAGUUGGAGUGAGUUUUUGCCGAUGGUAGAGUUUGCCAUCAACAACUCGGUGCAUGCGUCCACGACACAUACACCGUUUUACGUGAAUGGCCUGCGCCAUCCGCGUGUACCCACCUUACUAGAGUGUAACUCUGGUUUAAGGGGGGGAGGGACUCGCGCGAGCAAAAACCGAUUUGGUUCACGCUCAUCACGCUCUGACGAAGAAGUCAUUGCGUUUGAUGCCGAUAUCGAUAACAUCAAUAUCGAAGAAGAUGAUGCCAGUGAGAGUGCGGAAGCCCUCACUGAAGAAGAUGAUGCCAGUGAGAGUGCGGAAGCCCUCACUGAAGGAAAGGUUGAUGUUGCUGCAGUGCGCUCACAGCACACUGAAGCUAACGAGUCAUCAGAUGAGUUCAUACUGGCUCGUGAAACGGUAGUCCGUUUUGUGCAAGACUCCAUCGCCGAAGCGGUGACUUAG